AUCGUAAUAAACAACGAAAAAAAAGACAACUUGCUCAGAAUAUUAAAGAUACAAUAGAAGUAAAAAAAGAUUUUGUCAACGUUUUCUCGGAUGAAUUAAACCUUCACGUUUUCAAAUAUUUAUCAGCAGCAGAAAUAAGCAUUUGUUCUCAAGUUUCACGAAAAUGGUGGAGACUUGCUAACGAUCGGCAGUUGUGGAAAAGUCUUUUUUUAUCAAGAUUUAAAGCUCCAAAUCGCCCUAAUCUCACGUAUCGCUUGGAAACUCUUCAAUUGACACAAACGCAGUUGACUAAUCCACCUAAACUAUCAAUAAUUGCUAGUAACGAAUGCCCGAGUGAAAAUGAUCUUUCGGAUAACGAAGAUUGGAAAAGUAUAUAUCGAGUUAAUCACAAUUGGCAAACCGGAAAUUGUCGUGUUAUCGAUUUUAAACCUUAUGAUAAUUUAAUCCAAGAUCGUGCUCCUAAAUCUUAUUCACAUUUAACUGGAUAUAAUAAAACCCAAGUGUUUUCAUUAAGUACAAAUUCCAAUCCACUCGUUCAAUUUACAAAACAUAUUAUCUUGACUGCUUCAUCUUCAAAUUCUGAUAUAAAUAAUACACCAGAAGUUCAUCUAUGGCGAGCUGGAGAACAUAAUGAAUAUAUAGAUACUCUGAAAAGUACAGUUUUAUCUCGUUUUAUCAUAAAUCACGAAUGUAAAAAUCCUAUCUAUAUAACAUGUCUAAAACUUGAUAGCAACGAACGAAAUGUUCAUUUAGGCAUAUGUAAACUUGCUGUUGGAUAUUCAAAUGGAGGGUUUACCAUUUGGGAGUUUGAUACAUUAGAAAAAGAAGAAAAGAAAAAACCUGAAAAUAAUCGAAAGCAUCAAGAAUUAUAUACGGUUCCAACGAUGUCACAUAAUACAAGCCCUUUAAUUGCGUGCUCUUUACAUUCGCCAAUUUUAAUCACUUGUGAUAAAGAUUUCGUGCUUUCAAUUUAUUACAUUGAAUUCAAGCCAAAAGGUAAAGAGAAAUCAGGUUCAUCUAAAGAUAGUAAAAACUUUUUGAAGUGUGAAAAUCAAGUUGAAUGUCAUCUCAUUCAUCAAUUGAAGAGUUUUGUUUGUUGGGCACCUAUUGAGAUAUCUGUUAAGUGUGCCCAAGAGAAGCUUGAACAGUUUACAACGAAUUAUGAUGUUGAGCGGAACAUUUGGAUAGCUACGAUUGUUUAUUCUUCUCCAAUAUACGGAGGAGGUUGGACCGCAGGGAUUCAAGAGAUCAGGUUUUCAACUAUUGCACUACUAUCGACCAAACAUUGUUCACAUUUACCAUCUUCAUCAACUCUACCACCAUUUAUUUCUAUAUUUUCAAAUCAUAAAUAUAAAGAAGGACAUACACAUAUUUCCAUUUCUCCUAUAACAACCAUUACAUACAACUCUGGGCAAUUAGUUACGGCUCAUGCUGAUAACACAUUACAAGUGUAUGGUGUGGUUGAUAAUGGAAAGACUUUGGAAUGCAAACAUAUUCAAACAUUGUACGGGCAUACUGGAAGCGUUAUGUCUGUCGCUAUGGACGAACAUGGUAAAUUAAUUACUGGUGCUAUGGAUCAAACCAUCAAAAUAUGGGAUUUAGGGUCUCAAUAUAAUCAAAACGAUGAUUUUUCGUCUGUUGGAUUAAUUGCACGAAGAAAAAAACAUGGUGAAUGUAUUGUUACGUUGAAUGAUUCUUUAAAUCAAUUUAAUAACUCGAGGUACAAUAUUCUUCAAGGCAAAAUAAAAAAUUGGGGUAUUAAAUGGGUUGGUUUUGACGAAGGCCGAAUUGUGAGUGUCUGUAAUGGUGAGACGUUUGAUGAUCAAGAGAAUAAAAUUGAAAAAUUUCCAAAAUCAUUAUCAUCGUCAUCUGAACGGUCAGAACCGUCCUGUUCUAAGAAUAAAAUAACAGGAUCUAAUUAUGAUAUAGUAGAAGAAGUGGGAAUUAUCAAAGUUUGGUCAUUUUGUGAAUAA